UCUCGUCCAACACCAAGCCCGAAACAACAACUCAAAGCUAUAUAUUCUGAUAAAUCGUGUUGAUUACUCGUGUGUCUGAACACCAGUCAAAGACUAUUGUGGAGCACCAUCUACCCGCAUUCCAGUUUCUGUCGAGAACCAACCAUGUCCGACUCUGACCUCGUCUCGUCGUUGUCUUCGCUUGAUGAGCUCAUACAAGUCAUCUACCAAGGAUCUUCUCGGUUUGUGGUCAUCUCAAGCGUAGAUGAGACAAGCUGGAAGGUUCGGCUAGGCCUUAGCGAUUCAAAUGGACGUUGGUGGGAAGGGCGCUGGGGGGAGAAAGAGAUUCGACAGGCAGCUAAAACGGCGUCUUGUAGUACUGAGGCGCUUGGAGAUACCUUAGCUACCGCCUUCACGCAAGGAGAAAUGUAUAUCGGAAACUGGAGCUCGAAGAAGGGCGCCGAGAUCAAGUUCGUCCUGGGCACAAAUACCAAUCACCCAGCCCAUGUGCCUUUGGCUGAGAUGACGCCCGAGGAAGCCGCGUCGUUUGCAACCCAAGUCUUUGCAGAUAUAGCGAUUCAGGCGCAGGGUCGCAAGAGCCGCCUCCACCCUUCCACGUUCGAACCUGUAUCAGAUAAACCUCCAAGCGCUUCCACUACGUCGACCGCGAAAACAGCAAGUGCUCUCGAGUCGCGUGGCGGUAGCAUACGAAAGCGGUCGUCCUUGGCAGCGUCAAAGACAUCUGCGAUGUCCGCAGGUCCGAGCAUGUCGGACCAGAAGGCUCAGGAAGAGAUCAAAUCCCUCAAAGCGGAACUCGCUAGGGAGCGAAGUAGACAGUAUGGCCUUCCAGCAUCGUCCACGAGCAAGCAUAAACGCAAAGCAGAAGACGAUGCAGACAAUGGCCAAUCAACACGAGCAUCGCAAGUGAGGAAGGAGAAGUCGAUCCAAGAGAGCUCGAAAUUGCACUCUAUCGCCAAGGGGAACCGAAGUGCUGCAGCGGUCACAGCGGCCAGAGGCGCCUCGCUCGCGAACCCAUCCAAGAAGGCGCGCAAAUACCAAACUCUGGAGUUUGGCAGUGACGAUGAUGACUGAAUUUUCGCAUGCAUCGAUGAGCGGCGGGGAUGUUGACGAGACGCAUGCCAAGCAAUACCAAAGCAAUAUACAAGAUAGCAAGAACUUCUGAGCGCGCGCGAAACAUCGUGUCUUCUAUGAAUGAUCUGGCAGGCCUGCGGUACUCCUCGCUUGCAAUCUCAUGCUCAGAUCAGAACGGACUGUCUUCGGCUCCGGUACACACGUCGCCUGUCGGCCCCCUGCGAUUCCAUCAUUUAAUCCCGCCAUGUUCAAGUCGUAAUAGUACUCUGUACUCUGUACCUCAUCUUGUAUCGAUAGUGCUGUUUCCGAUUCUCCUGAAUAUGCGUCGAGCAGAGUCUAGACCGACGGUGCCUGUGUCAAUGCUGCAUGCCUCCUGUCUGAAAAUCCUCGUGCCUUCGCAAGAAACAAACUUGCGGGUGUUGAGCGCGAACGUGGCAGGAG